AUGAGGGGUCCCUACAAGAGGCCUGGGGAGAAUGAAGACCAGGAGGAGGGGGCGGCAGCGGCCGCUGGGCGUCUUGCAGGGGCCCCGGAGGCUGAGAAGCGUUCGGAAGUUGAUUCAGACUCCGACCAGGAGACGGAAGGCAUCCAUGGGCCUGGAGAACUGGUCAAGGAUACUCUCUACCUGAGGUCUUGCCAAGCCAAUAGAGUUGUGCCCGCCUCCUGCUUUCUGCGCCAAGGGAACGCCCCAGAGCUGAACCUGCGGCACCGUGGCCUAGGCCCCCAGGGUGCCCGGGCUCUGGCUUCUGCACUGAACUCCAAUCCCUAUGUCAAGCAGCUGGACCUUCGAGACAAUGGGCUCUGUGGGGCUGGUGCGGAGGCCCUGGCAGGUGCCCUGAGCAAAAGCAGCAGCAUUUGUGAUGUGGACCUGUCAGAGAACCAGCUGGGAGCCGUGGGAGCCCGGGCUGUCUGUGCUGCCCUCAUGGUGAACCCAACCAUGCAGAGGAUACAGCUGGCAGGGAAUGGCAUGGAUGAGCAGGCAGCUCCAUACCUUGCUGAAUUCCUGCUGGCCCACACAGGCCUGAAAUCCCUGGACCUGAGCUAUAACCAGCUGAAUGACCAAGCAGGGGAGAUGCUCGGACCAGCCCUAGCAGAAAAUACAGGACUCACCGAGCUUAAUAUAAGCUGGAAUCACCUUCGAGGACCAGGAGCUGUAGCCUUUGCCAGGGGACUUGAGGCAAACAUCUUCCUGAGAGUCCUGGACAUCUCAUACAAUGGCUUUGGAGAUCCUGGAGCAUCUGCAGUGGGUGAGGCACUUAAGACCAACAAUGUGUUGGAGGAACUUAACAUGAGCAACAACCGUAUUUCUGCAGUGGGAGCCUUGAGCCUGGGCCUGGGCCUCCGGGUCAACCAGACACUGAGGAUUCUUGUUGUGUCCAGGAAUCCCAUGCGAGGUGAAGGCUGCUUUGGAGUUCUAAAGUCUGUCCGGGAUAAUCCAGCGUCUGCCCUAGAACUGCUGGAUUUCUCUGGUAUCCAAGUGGACAGAGAGUUUGAUGACCUUGCUAGCUCAGUGAAGGUCAUUCUUCCAGCACUCCAUAUAAAGACUGCUGCCCACAGAGUGGAGUACAAAAAGGAGUCACCACCAGUCUUCACCCCAUCCCUACCAGCAUCUGUCCCUAAGUGA